AUGGAGUGUCUCAAAGUCAGACGUUUGCUUCCAUGGCCCCCGAAGGCGGGCCUCUUUGCGGACUUUGCCCAUGCGGUGGAUCGCGUUCUCGAGGCCGAAGAGCAGGAGCACCGCGCUCGUCCCGACAGGUUCUCCGACGGGUUGUGGAAGUGCCGCGCGGAGGCCUGGCGUCGGCGCCACCACACGAAGGCCUUGGGCUCUACCGCUGGGAAGCUGCAGCGGGCAGUGGGCCGUCGGAUGGUGGAGCUGGAAGCGCGGAUGAGGCGCCGAGAAGCGCCCAGUGGAGCCUCGGAGCUCAGAGAACUUCUGGCGGUGGAAGUAGAGGUCUGGACUUCGGAGUUGCAGCAGCUAGCAGAUCCCUUGGUUUGGGCCGCUGAUGGUUCCUUACUACAAGAUGUUGGGCCAGUCCGGUCUGGGUGCUUCUUGCUGGGUGAUGCGCAUCUCCAGAAGCUCACUGGUAGGGCACUGGAGCAGAAGCUCGAAGAGCUUCAUGACAUGUCCGGAUGGUACAUCCCAAACCAUCCUGCCGACGUUCCGCGUGCGUUGGCGGUCGGCGUUCCCAUCCUCGACGCGAUUUGCUCUCAGAUGAGGCUCUUGGAUGCGUGGGCAUCUCGCCAGGAGACGCGCGAGGCCACGGAGCAGUGGUGCUCCCGCAGCUUUGCCUCCGCGAUGCUCUCUGUGUCCACCCUCCAGCAGCGGAGCCGAGGCUCCAGCUCCGAGCCCCUCGCGCUCCCCGCGUGGUGGCUGAAAGCCGCACUGGGCCACGGCGGUCAUUCUUCGCGCUACGUGAGCGACCUCAGUCAGCUGGCGUCUCCCUCCGAGUCUGGGCGAUAUCUUCUGCAGGAGGACAAGGCCGAUUGCAUUUUGCUGGACGAGCGUCGUUUCACCUUGCGCCUCUACCUGGUCAUUGUGGCAGGUCAUGCCUUCCUGGCUUCCAAGGGCUUGGUAUACCGAGCCCUUGGCACAUCCAAGGUCACCAACUGCUCCCGCGCCGCCUUAACGCUGAAGGGCGCCGCCAACGCGGCCAACGCGCGUGAGGCGCCCGAUCUCCAAUGGCUGGAGCAACGGCUGGAGCACUUGCCGCAGGCUGAAGGGGGCGGACCUGGCUCCUAUGCUACUGUCCGCCGUGGUGACGGUCGCAGCGGUCGCCGCGGUCGCCAUGAACCGAACCUUGAACCGAAGGCUCGUUGGACUCUUCAACUUGGCGCGUUUGUGGCGCCGCCUGCGGCGCCUGGGCACCUGGCUGGCGCAGGGCGCCCUGCGGCGCGCGGCGCGCAGCCCGCUGGGCGAGCUCACCGCGAGCGACACCGAGCGGCUUCCAUUGCCGAAGAUCCUGGGCAUGGACGUGAUCCUUUCGAAAACCUCGCCAGGCCUCCGGAUGGUUCGCGCUGGCGAACACUCGGAUGUGUCGCCCAGUUGGAGGCGCGCGGGGCGCGCCGGGUGCUUGGCCGUGGCUCCUGGAGAUCAAUCGCUUCCCAGCGCUGGGCCUCCGCAGUGAGACGGAUGCCGACACCAAACUGCCGGUGAUCCGAGACGCCUGGCUUGUGGCCCGGAGCGCGCGCGGCGCGCAUGAGCACUGGUGCCCUGAAAGUCUGGGGUGCUUGGAGCUGUUGAGUCUUGCAGGGUCUUUAGGGAGCCGAGCAGCCUUCGGAAGCGAAA